GUUUAUUUACCAUUGAUUUAUCGAGCUCGAGCUUGCAUUGUGAUCGAAACAUUUUUCUGGCUUAUAUACAAUAAGGAAGAAAAUCAAAAACAAUUCGUCUUAUCAGUCGAUGAAAUUGGACUUGAAACGGAUCCUUCAUCUAUUGAAAAUCUAGAUAAUGUGUGGAGUGAAUCUCUGCUUCGAUGGGCUGCAUGUGUUCGCCUGUUGAUGGACAAGAACAUGGAUGAGUCAGCAGCAGAAGCUCUCGAAAAUCAUCUAAUACGAAUGACUCGACUCGCAUCGGAUGAAACUCAGAUUCCAAAAUCUAUGUCGAUACGGAUCGCUAUAUUAGUUUUACAAGUAAAAGCUCUUCGCUGGUGUUUUGAUGAAGAAAUCGAAAGAUGUUUGAUUGGACUCGAAACUGCUACAGAAAUCGAAUUCUCUCUUGUCAAAGAUUUGGAUAAUCCUGAAAUUGUCUAUAUUCGCUCAGCGGAAUUAUUUGCUUUCUAUCUGCUAGUUUUUCAUCGAUCGUAUUCAAGAGUCUCAUCUGCUUAUGAUCUUCAUUAUUCAUCAGUACCAAUUACUGAUUUUCCGUCGAUCGCUUUCGAUCUUUAUGAAAAGACAAAUAGAACCGCUCCAUAUCGUGGCAUUAAUAUGCUCGGUAUGGCCAGAGCUCAAGCUCAAAUGGGUCACAGGGCUGAGGCUAGCCAAUUAUAUCAAAGACUUCUUCACAAUUGGUCACAUUCACUAUUCUCAUCUAGUAUCGAUCAAAUCGUGAUACAAGAAGCUAUUGAUUAUCUUCGCCGAAACAUGCCUGGCUACGAUUAUAAUUAA